AUGCAUAUAGAAACAGCCACGACAACACCCGGUAAUGAUGAACAAACCGACACAACAACUACAUCUUUUACUGAUUUAUAUAAUCUGUAUGAGAUUAUUGGAAAGGGACCAUUCAGUGUAGUCCGACGUUGUACGAAUAAAUCAGGCGAUAAACAAUAUGCUGUGAAAAUUAUUGAUGUCGAACAGUUCACUGCGACACCAGGAUUUACUGCUGAAGAUCUACGACGUGAAGCAAGUAUCUGUGCAAGUCUUAAGCAUCCACAUAUUGUCGAACUCUAUGAGACAUUUGAAGCGGAAGGUUGUUUGUUCAUGGUUUUCGAAUAUAUGGAUGGAUCAGAUCUGUGUUUCGAGAUUGAAAAGCGUGCUCUCGCCGGUUUUGUAUACAGUGAAGCUGUAGCUAGUCAUUAUAUGCGUCAAAUAUUUGAAGCUAUUCGAUAUAUUCAUGAACGAGGAAUCAUUCAUCGCGAUUUAAAACCUCAUUGCGUUUUACUGUCAUCUAAGGAAAAUGCUGCACCGGUUAAAUUGGGAGGCUUUGGUGUUGCUCUACAAUUACCUGAAUCUGAAUUCGUACAGGCAGGUCGUAUUGGUACGCCAGCAUUCAUGGCACCUGAAGUAGUAAAUAAAGAAUCACCAGGUUUCGGUCGGCCAGUUGAUAUGUGGGCAUUGGGAGUCAUGCUGUAUGUUCUUCUCGCCGGUAAUUUACCAUUCGCUGGUACGAGAAAUCGAGUUUUUGAAAUGAUCACGAAGGGUGUUUGUAAUAUGCAAAGUAAACAAUGGGAACAUAUUUCUGAAUCCGCUAAAGAUCUCGUUACUCGACUAUUAUGUCUGAACCAAAACGAACGAAUUACAAUACAAGACGCACUUGCACAUCCAUGGAUUCGAGAACGUGAAAAAUUCGCAUUGAGAAAACAUUUACCUGAUACAGUUGAAGAAUUACGCAAAUUCAAUGCUCGUCGUAAAUUGAAGGGUGUAGUACUAGCAGCAGUGUCGAGUCCCCUUUGGUCACAAAUACCGAUUUGUUCGUCGAUGACAGCAACAAAUUUAUCAGGAAAUAUGACACGAGAUUUAUCACCAACUACAAAUCCCAAUGAUUUCGAUGAUAUGGCAUCCUCGGCCGUUUCACAAAUACUCGAUUCGUUGGAAGAUACGCAAUGGUUAACCAUCGGUGAUCGAGUUGAACUUGAUUUCUUACAGAAGUUAUUCGAAGAUAAACAAUUGCAAACAUUACUUGAAUUGUACGAUCGAAUCAAUUCUGAUGAAAUUCGUCCCUAUCGUCCUCCUGAAUUCAAUGCAUUGCAAACAGUUACUGAUAUGAUUUCAAUAAUAGAACAGGGCUCCUAUUCAGAUAAAUCGACGAAUUCUCAUGAUCUUCUCGAAAUUCUUCUCGAACCACAUUUACAGGUAAGAACAAUGAUGAAUAUCUGCAAACUAGCUCAUCAUUAG